AAACCAUCUUGGCUUUGAUCUCUCCACCUAGCCAUCUCCCACACCACUUUCCUCUCUCUGGAGCAAAGUGCUCCGAGCAGCCAGCCAGUGGGUGCCUGCCAUCGCGGUUGGUUGGCUUCCUUCCUUAGCCAAAGCCACCAGACCGCCCCAAAGCAGAAAAGCUAGCUUCUCCACCGUACGCACGCCUCUAGAGCAAGCAAGCAUACACAUCAUCAUAUCAGUGGUCGAUCUGCCAUCUGCAUCGUCGUCGUCGUCGACGCAGAUAGAUGCGUAAUGGGAGCAGCUCAUCUUGCUCUUCUUCUCCGGUGGGGUUGCACCUGCAGCAAGUGUUUGGCUCGCAGGCUCCUUCUCAUGGCCGGCAGCUUGGUAGCAGCUCCUCCUACUGCCCUCGUCCCAUGGCGGAGCUGCUGCAGGUGACGUGGCUGCCCGCGUCCGGCGGUGGCGGCCCCGGCGGUCUCCUCCACGCCUUGGCCUCUCUCAGCUUUCUGCUCCUCCUCGCCUACCUCUCGCUCUUCCUCCUCGCCAAGCUCUUCGCCCGACUCCACCGCGCAAGGGAGCGCCGUGGCCGUGACAACCGUGCGGAGAGUAACCCCGGGAAGGAGGACGUGGCCGCCGCCGACGACAUCCACCUCGCCGGAGGGGAGCGGCAGGCGGGGGGCACGCUGUUCUGGUUCGACGAGGCCGUGUUCGAGGACACCGCCCUGCUUGGCCUUGGCGACGAAGCAAAGAAUCACCUUUUGUACACUGGUGCUGGUGGUACGGCUGCGCAACAUUGCUUGGAGGUGGCGGAGACCAGCUGCGCCUUUCACACGGCCCCGCCGGAAUCCACCAACCGCGUCUCAUUCGCGCCGCGCGAGGAGGAGGACCACCGCGUCCAAAGUGAUGCCGCCACUGCCGGUGCCUCCGCCACCGCGGCCCAGGAGCAGGAAGAGGCCAGGGUUGACGUGGCCGUCUCCGUAGCCGACGACGGCGUCCCCAUGGCGGCUGAUGGGUAUCGGCAGAAUGGUCCGGUCGCCGCGUCGUCGUCACUACCGAAGAAUGAUUCCGUUCAAGGCAAUCUCCUAGAGAGGCAACGAAGCAGAGGAGGAGGAGAAGGUCGCCGCGACGGUGAUCAUCGUGAAGACGGGCAUGGAGUAGAAGAAGAGCCGGGGGAGGAGGAGGAGAAGGCCGCGGGCUUUCCGGACGUGAAGCGGCUGGUGAACAGCCACGCGCUGGCCGACACGAAGAAGCUGCAGCUGGACGGCGGCGCGCGGCUGCGGCCGCGGCGAGAGGAGGAGGACGGGGACAGCUGCCGGUUCGGCGCGUCGACGCUGACGAGCGAGUCGACGUCCAAGAGCUCGGUGGAGUGGCAGAGCUCGACGGUGACGACCGGCAAGGACGCCUACUCGGACCUCUUCUCGUCGUCGUCGCGCCGGAGCUCGGCGAGGUGGGAGUCCUACACGCUCUUCCGCAAGUACGACGAGGACAUGGUCUACUUCCACCGCGUCGGCGCCCAGAAGCUCACCGAGACAGAGUCGUUCAGGUCGAUCAAGUGCCAGCCGCGGUCGAUGUCGCAGCGGAUCACGCACAAGCUGUCCAUGGCGGCGCCGAGGCCGAGGCCCGCGUCGGCGGAGGCGCCGGCGAUAGGGCUGCGCGACCCGUACCCGGAGCUGGAGCGGGUGUACGUGGCCCAGAUCUGCCUCACCUGGGAGGCCCUCAACUGGAACUACACCACCUUCCGCCGCCACAACGGCGGCGUCGUCGGCGGCACCAUGAUGCUGGAGGAGCGGUGCUGCCCGGCGCGCGUGGCGCAGGAGUUCCAGCAGUUCCAGGUGCUGCUCUACCGGUUCAUGGAGAACGAGCCCUUCGAGCACGGUCGCCGGCCCGAGGUUUACGCCCGGAUGAAGAACUCCUCCCCGAAGCUGCUCCUCGUCCCAGAGUUCAGAGAGGAGGAGGACGAGAAGGACGACCUGAUAUCGGCGGUGCAGUUCCUGCACAUCCUGGAGGAGUCCAUCCGGACGUUCAUGGCGUUCCUCCGCGCCGACAAGCGUAGCCACUACCAGAUGUUCAGGGAGAUGGUCCGGCGGAGGACGAGCGCCGCCGACCAGUCGAUCGUCAUCACCCUCAAGAGAACCAACAAGGCCAAGAAGAGCCGUCUCAAGGACCUGAGCCGGCCGCGGCGGUGCCUGAAGCGGAUCAAGCUGCGGGAGCAGGAGGAGGUGGCGGUGCUGCUGGGGCUCAUCGACCUCAAGGUGGUGGCCCGGGUGCUGCGCAUGCCGGAGAUCACGGACCAGCAGCUGCACUGGUGCGAGGAGAAGAUGGGCCGGCUCCGUGUCGACCCGCAGCAGGGCACCAUGGAGCGAGACCCCUCACCCCUCUUCUUCCCCGCGCACUGAGUGAGAUCUCCUCAGAACCUCCGUCGACCGAUCCAUGGAUCCAUCCAUGCACACUCUUUUGACUGUAACCCUACUUUUCCUUUUCUUUAUUUCGUUCACCUUAUCUUCCCUUUCUCUUUUUAUUGUUGUAGCGACAAAAGAAAAGAUAAAGCUGUAGUGUUUGCGUAGACACGAGAAUAUGCAUGCAACGCACUCAGCCUCUAGCUAGCUACUAGUAGCAGUAGUACAAUAUACUACGUACUGUGUAUAAAAAGAAGCGAGAUCGAUCGGAUUCAUCUCGAGAUGGGAUGACGACGGUGUUGUAAAGGCGUAAUGUACACCUAUCUGUGGAAAAAUAAGAUGAGAUCGGCCCGGUUCCGUCU